AUGCAAUUAAAGAGCUAUAUCUCCGUUGUCGGCUGCCAUGCAGAGGGCGAGGUCGGCGAUGUCAUUGUCGGCGGAGUUCUUGAUGCACCCAGGACCUGCAAGACGAUGUAUGAGAAACUCGUCUACUUUCAGACGCAACGCGAUGACAUUCGACAAUUGCUCCUUAACGAGCCGCGUGGACGUUCUUCUAUGAACGCCAAUCUGAUCCUGCCACCAUGCGACCCUCAAGCGGAAGCUGGUUUCCUCAUUAUGGAGAGCGAUGAAUACGCUCCCAUGUCUGGUUCGAACGCGAUCUGCACGGCUACGGUACUGCUCGAAACAGGCAUGAUCCCUAUGGUGGAACCAGUCACCACAUUCAAUUUGGACACAGCAGCAGGUCUUGUCGGCAUUACAGCAGCAUGCGAGAAUGGCAAGUGCAAGGCGGUUACCUUUGAUAAUGCGGCAUCUUUUGUGUUUGGUCUGGACAUACCUAUUGAGGUACCUGGGCUAGGCACCGUUCGUGUUGAUGUGGCAUGGGGUGGCAUGAUGUUUGCUCUGGUUGACGCCGCUUCGUGUGGUCUCAAAAUCGACAACAGCCAUGGCCCAAAGCUGGUGGAGGUAGGAGAACGAAUCAAGCGAGCCGUGCAAAGCCAAUAUGUCCCAAUACAUCCAGAGAAUCCGCUCAUCAAAGGUGUCACCAACUUCUGCUGGACACAGCCGUCUGAGCAAAUCCAAGAUAAGCUAGUGGCAGUGAACACUGUGGUCGUCUCCCCCGGACGAUUCGACAGAAGUCCUUGUGGAACAGGCACUUGUGCCCGGAUGGCUGUGAUGCAUGCUCGCGGGGAAUUGCAGGUGCAACAGCAGUUUGAGCACCGAAGUAUCAUAGGCACAAAGUUCGAUUGCCAGAUUCGGGCCACCACCAAGGUCGGCGAGCAUGAUGCGAUUCUGGCAAGAAUCACAGGAAGGGCGUGGAUCACCAGCUUCAAGCAGGUCGUUUUGGAUCCCACGGACCCUUUUCCCAGCGGCUUCAGAGUGCCGGAUCAAUGGCACGUGCCGUCUGAUAGCUCUUGA